AUGCCAAGACAAGCUGAUGGCAUCAGCUUAAUUUUUGUUGUUUUUCUUCUUUGUUAUACAGGUGAUAGGUAUGAUUCUGAGCCAAAGUCCAGGUGGGAUGAUGACUGGGACAAAGGCAAUAGAGGAGUUUUCCCAUUCAGUGAAAAGUUAGGAGAGAUCAGCGAUAAAAUUGGGACCACAAUCGAUGAUACAAUCAACAAGUUUAGGAAGAAAGAUAAAGAUGAUUCACCAGAAAGCGACAGUGAGGAGGAGAGAAGGCCCAAGAACAAUGGCAAGGUUGGAAAGUCGGAGUACAAAGAUGAAGAGGAGACAGUGACCACCAAAUCAAUCCACAUUACGCAAGCUUCAGAGACCACCACCACCCGGCAUAAACGUUCUGGCAUACCUUCCAAAACAGUUGAUCUUGGUGCUGCAGCCCAUUACACAGGAGACAAUACAAGUCCGGAAUUAAACUCUGCUGCAAAGGUUUCAGCACCGAGCGCUGUUAAGAACGAUUCAAAGAAUGACCUAGUCGACCUACUCUUUGACACAGGAUUUGAAUCCAGUCAGAUUGCUUCCACAGUAAGACCUGAGCAUGUCGCAUCUGCUUUGCUUCACUUUCGUGGUAACUGCUCAUUCCAUUCACCUGCAGGCACACCAACAAGUGGGAAUUCUGAUUUUGGUGACUGGAGUGCCUUCAGCCAAGCCCAUUCCAACCAGCCUGUCAUGUCGAGUGGAGGGGACCUCUACAACAGUAUGCAGCCUGUCCAAGCUCCUGCACCUGCCACAGAUCUGUUUGAUCUAAUGCCUGGUUUUCAGUCAACCAUGACCUCAUCACAGAGCAUGAGCUUUGCUAUGUCAGCUUCCAACACCAUUUCUACCACUGGUACCAGUAUGUCCUUAUCCAGAUCCCAGCCUUUGCCGAUGUUGUCCACACCUUUGUCGAGACCUGUUGUUGCUGUACCCACACAGAAUAUGCAAGACAACCAGAAAGCAGCGAAGCCAUCUUUGCCUUCAACUUGGUCAGACCCAAGUGUUAACAUCAGUCUAGACUUUCUGACACCUGGCAUGCAACCUCCCAAACCCCAGCAACCAUCACUUAACACCAUGAUGCAACAACAAGGCACACAGCAACCAGUGAACCUUGUGGCUCAAAGCUUCUCAGCCGUAUCCAUUAACUCACCAACCAGCAUGGUGCCUCCACGACUUCCAGGAACAUCUCCUUUGGCUGGCAAUGUGCCAGUUGGCAUGGGAAUGCCAAACAUGAUGGGGACUAGUGCCGUAGGGAUGAAUCCUAUGGGUAUGCCUCAGAAUAGUGUGAUGAACCAAGGAAUGAUGGGAAUGGGAAUGGGAAUGGCUCCAACUGGCAUGGCCAUGACCAGUUCCAUGGGGAUGGGUGUUCCUGCCAUGGGUCUCAAUGCUAGCAUGACACCUGCAAUGGUGCAAUCCAAGCAAGAUGCCUUUGCCAAUUUUGCCAACUUUAGUAAAUGAGAAGGCUGGAAAGACUCUAAUUUAGAUGAAGGUGUGAAGGCUGCACAAAAUAGUACUUGAAACACAUGAAGAUAGGUUGUCUUAAAUUUUUAUAGCUAUGGCAUAUUUUGUAUUGAGGAGAAAUCUGGUAAUUGGCAAGAUCUGUGCUAUUGAAUGUGUAUGUCUGUUUCCUAACAGAGGUUCUUCAAGUAAAAUCCUUUUCAUUGGCAUCUUGUUUGUGAGAUACACCUGAAAGCCUUUUUAAAUGUUGAUAAAUUUUAACUCUUAGUGAAAUCACAGGACUGUGAGGAUUACAUGGGUUGGGAAAAACACUUCAUAUCAAAAAUAAUUUUUAUACCUAUCGUAAUGGCCUUUAAGUCAGAAUCCCAAGAAAAUAAUUAAAAUCCAGAAUAUAGUCAUUAAAAAUUUUGUUGGUUCUUUACCUGGACACAAUCAGUCUCUCCAGCAAUGUGAUAAUCAGCUUGUGUAUAUAAUCCUUUAUGUAACAAAUGAAUGCAAAAUUAUUAAAAGAACUUCAAGGUACCAAAAAUCCCGAUUACUGGAAUGUAAAUAGUUUGACAUAUUCCAGUUUCAAUAGAGGAAAUAAAUCCUAUCAUGAAAAUGUCUUUAUUAAUAAUAAAUCGUAGUAAUUGUAGCUUUUAUUCUUUUCCCUCAAUUUCCUCCUCUUUUAACAGCUUUAGUCUGCUGAAAUGCAAAUAUCAGCUACAUUUUCCCUUGUCAGCGGUGGGGCUUUGUGAUUUGAAGGCAAGGAAAGGGCAUCUCAUCAAUGAGUGGACAGGUCAGGUCACCAGUUACCUUAAUCUGAAUUUUUUUACACACGCACACGCACACACACACACCCAUACUUGUCUCUUCUCUCCUCCACCAAGCUGAGCAUACCCUGUGAGUGUGCAAUAUCCAAGACAUUCCUCUGUUCUUUUCAGAAAUAAGUAUUCAUGCUAAACUUACUCUGAUUUUGAAGGUGGUGUAGGUGAAAAGAUUUCUGUUUCUUCCAAAAAUACGUAUGCUGUCAUUUUUGUUUCUCAAGCUGUCUGAUUUUUUAACAUUUUUUGCAUUGGUGACUGGUGAAUCAUGACUGUGUUCUGUAAUGUUAAAGCCAUGCUAUCUGCUUGAUGGAUGGAAGCUUCACUAAGAGACACUCACAGUCAAGCCCUGUUUCUACAGUGAUUCUUCUUCCCAACAAGUCAGAGGGGGAAAAGUGUGUUUCAAUUGUACUCAUGACCUGUUCUGUAUUACAGCAAACUAUUCAUUAAAAUCUGUUACUUAAAACCA